AUGGGAUUAAAUGAUGUUCGUAUUAUAGGGGUUUGGGAAAUGGGGGGAAUUGGUAAAACAACUCUUGCUAGAGUUGUUUUUCAUAUGGUUUCUAAUAAAUUUGAAGGUUGUUGUUUUCUUGCUAAUGUUAGGGAAGUUUAUGAAAAAGAAGGUCUAGUGCGAUUACAAGAACAAUUUAUUCUUCAAAUUUUCAAUGAAAGUAUGAGUAUACUUGAUGUUUGUCAUGGAGUUUCAGUGAUCAAGAAUAGGUUACGUCAUAAAAGAAUUCUUCUCGUUCUUGAUGACGUAAAUCAAUUAGACCAAAUAAAUAAGUUAGCUGAGAAGCGUAUUUGGUUUGGUUCAGGUAGUAGAGUUAUCAUAACAACAAGGGACAGACAUUUACUAGAAAUACUUGAAGUAGAUGAAAUAUUUGACGUUGAAGGAUUGAAUUAUAAUGAAGCUCUUCAUCUUUUGAGUUUGAAAGCUUUUAAAAAGGUCCAUCCUCCCAAGGAUUAUAUAGAGGUAUCCAAAGAUAUUGUGUAUUAUGCUAAUGGUCUUCCUUUAGCUAUUGAGAUUUUGGGUUCUUUUUUGUUUGGUAGAAGUAUUGAUAAAUGGAAAAGUACAUUAAAUAAGCUUAAAGAAUUUCCUAAUAAUGAAAUUCUCGAAGUACUUAAAAUAAGUUUUAAUGGACUAGAUGAGGCAGAGAAGGAAAUAUUCCUACACAUUGCAUGUUUCUUUAAUCAUAAGAUCAAAAAUGAUGUAGUAAAAAUACUAGCUUAUCUUCACCUUUCCCCUAAUGUUGGAAUGGAGGUUCUUGUUGAGAAAUCUCUCAUAAAAGUUCGUGGCAAUAGAUUGUGGAUGCAUGAUUUACUACAAGAAAUGGGUAGGCAUAUAGUUUACCAAGAGUGCCCUAAAGAGCCUGGAAAGCGUAGCAGACUAUGGUCAUUUUGGGACAUUAACAAUGUACUCACAAUUAAUAAGGGAACAGAGGCAGUUCAAGGCAUAGUACUAGAGUUUUAUGUACCAGAAAAGGUAGAUUGGAAUCCUGAAGCCUUUUCAAAGCUGCAAUAUCUAAAAUUGCUAAAAAUUUGUGGCGUUCAUCUUACGAAUGAUCUCAAACAUCUUCCCAAUAGCUUAAGAUUUCUUGAUUGGAAGGGGUACCCUUCGAAAUCGUUGCCAUCAAGUUUCCAAUCAAAUGAGCUUGUUGAACUUUGCAUGUGUUGUAGCCACAUUGAACGACUUUGGAAAGGAACAAGGAGUUUUGAGAUGUUGAAAUGUAUCAAGUUGACGAAAUCUCAAAAACUUAUUGGAACCCCAGACAUCAUUAAAGUCCCAAAUCUUAUGACAUUGGUUCUUGAAGAUUGGAUAAAAAAGUCCCUUAAGAUCUCUCUCUCUCCCACUGAGAAAUAUGAGAUUGUUAUUCCAGGAAGUGAAAUUCCAGAGUGGUUCAGGCACCAAAGCAUAGGGGUUGAAGUGAAUAUAAAACAACCUUCUCAUUUGUAUAAUGAGUGGAUGGGAAUUGUUGUUUGCAUUGUGUUUUGUUCGCAUGAUGUUGAUCACCAAAUCAGUUGCUUAAUUCCCCUUUACUGUCCAUUGACAGCCAAUGGAAAAAGAAUGUCUCCUGCACUAGGCAGUAGCUUACUUCCUAAGGUUUUACCAGAUCACCUUUGGCUACUCUAUGUGACUCCUCAAUUCUUUGACGAGAAAUCAAAUAAAUUAUUGUCCGAAGGUGAUGAGAAUGGAUUCACUCAGAUUGGAAUUAAAAUUGAAACUGGAGGUCCAGGCGAGGAGGUAAAAAAAUGUGGGUUCCAUAUGAUAUACAAUAAAGACAUAGAAGGUCUUGAUCGAACAAUGGCCCAGCAUAGCAACAGCAGCAUCUCUCCUUAUGAGAGCUUGGCUGUGAUAGUGGAAUGUGACAAAGCCAAAUGA